AUGCCGCUUUCAACGGUGGAGCAAGAUGUCAAUACCACCUCUGACGAAGAACAUCCAAUGCCGAGUCUCCCUGAGGCUAUUGCGAUAGUCGGCAUGGGCAACGGCUACCAAGACUUCACACUGGACAAGGGUAAUCUCGACGGAUUCUGUCACCCGAACCCUCAAAGACUGGGUAGUUUCACUACUCGUGGUGGUUACUUCCUCCAGCAAGAUCCAAGAAACUUCGACCAUGCGGUCUUUGGAAUUUCCCCGCAGGAGGUUCUAACUAUAGAUCCGACACAACGAAAGCUUCUUGAAGUCGUUUAUGAAACCUUCGAAAGCGCUGGCGUGCCCUGGGAGAACUUUCCAGGAUCACGUACUGGUGUAUUUAUGGGCAACUAUAAUCUUGACCGUGCUGCUAUGCAAUCGCGGGACCUGGAUAGAAUCCUUCCCUAUGCAACGACCGACGGCGGAACAAGGCAGUUAAAACGCAGUUCUUCACUUCGAAAGGUCAGCUCGGAAGUUGUGACCACGAUGAAAGCGCCUUCUUCGUGCGUGCCAUACAACUUGCACGACGUCUUUCAAAAGCAAUCUCUCGUGAGGCAUCAAAUCCUCCAUCAAAGUGAAUCGCAAGGUCCAGCAAGUGGUACUGUCUCAUUUGAUCAUGGAUCAGAAAUGGCACAUUCGCUUGAAAUCGACGCUCCCGUGGACCGAGAUAGCAACAGCAAGCUAAUCUUGCAGACUCGGGAAUUGGUCCUUCUCCCUUUCAGUGGCCAUGACUUGUAUUCUCUGAGCGCUAAUAGUACAGCAACGAGGUCUACUAUUGGAGAGACAGCACUCUUAGACUUGGCUUAUAUCGUGUCAUCACGACGUAACGAAUUCGUUCACCGAAGCCUCGCUAUCGUUGAUGCAGCAAAUCCUGGAAAGGCACUUUACCCAGAGACAAUGACAUUUGGAAAUCGCCCAAGCCCAAAAAUACUGCUAAUCGGCUUCGUCUUUUCAGGACAAGGCACACAAUGGGUUGAAACGGGUGCAGGACUUUUUACCAAUCUCGCGGUGUUCAGGGCGUCCAUUAACCAUCAAAAAGCUUUCAGUCCGACCUAUGUGGAGCAUUGGAGAGUGUUCAUUUGCAUCACGACCGUGAGAAAGUACGAGCCUCUGAGUACUCUGAUUCCGUACCAGACGUAA